GUGGUAGCUCAGAAAUAAGGAUAUUAGAAUGAGCUUGAGUGAUGAGCAGAAGAAAAAAGAUGGUGGGAGUCACCAGUAGUCGAGCACACGCCAAACCGGACCAGGGUCCGACUUGGUUCAAACCAUCAUGUCAUCUAACGUCGAAGAAUUUCGACAGGUCCUGUCUUCAGCUGAGAAAAUUAUAAUAUUAUCUGGUGCUGGUCUAUCCGCAGCUUCUGGAAUUCCUACAUAUAGAGGCAGCGGGGGCCUCUGGCGUAAAUAUGACGCUGCAUCAUUAGCCACCCUUUCAGCUUUUGCUGAAAACCAGGCUCGAGUCUGGCAGUUCUUCCAUUAUAGGCGAAAACAAGUCCUUAAUGCCGCUCCAAAUGCCGCUCACUAUGCACUUGCUCGACUGGCCAUUCCAAGCAUUCGCCAGAGCAUCUCUCCUAAUUCCAAGUGUACUCACAUUACUCAGAAUGUAGACGGCUUGUGUACUCGCGCUCUCGAGGAAACCAUGAAGAAUUUUCAGGAGACAGAUGUCCCGUAUCCCAUAGAGAUGCACGGACGACUCUUCGACGUCGUCUGUACCGCUCAUGAUUGCGACUUUCACGAAACAAACUACAACUCUCCAAUCUGUCCGGCUCUGGAAGGUACUGAGCUUGUCGUCGAAGCUGGUGGUCCUGAGCCUGUGGUGCGACGGUCAGACCUCCCGCGAUGCCCGAAAUGUGGCCAGCUCUGUCGGCCUGGAGUUGUAUGGUUUGGCGAACGACCGCAUCACAUUCAUGAGAUACUGCAGCUAGCUGAUGAGGCUGAUCUCUGCAUCAUAGUGGGAACCUCUGCGGUCGUUCAGCCCGCGUCCAAGAUUGGAGGAAGAGUCAAGGCUCAUGGGGGCAAGGUUGCUCUGUUCAAUGUCGAAUUGGGCAAUCAUGCCGAUGAAGCGGAUUUCGUAUUCUUAGGACCGUGCGAAGAACGUUUGGUUGAGGUGCUUGGCAUCUGACAUCUGUGCGAUUAGAAAUCGCCUAAUGCUUAUUGUCCCGUUUCGCGUGUAAAGAAGGAGGGAAUGAAAUCAUCGGGGAAGUGAUAUGUCGAGGGACCCUAGGACUGAAUCUUUUCGUCCGCCUAUCUAAAAUCUAGUGCUGGUUCUGGAACUCCCAUAGAAUCAACCGACAUGUCAUUGUCUUUUAUCCAAGCCCCAACUUUUCGUCUCGUC